AGCAUUUGGAUUUCGGGCGAGCAACUGUUGUGAUCAAAUAUUAAAGAUAAUUGCAAAUCAUUUAAGUUUGGUGUUAAUAACAUCGUCUAAUAACUAGCUAUAAUAUACUAUAUAUAUACAUACAUAUAUAUGUAUAUACUGUUAUAUGCUGAAGGAUAACUAUAGAUUUGUAUAAAAACACAAUAAAAAAAUAAAUAAAUAAAAAUUAGUCUUCUUCGUACGGCAGCUUGCGAACGAAGCAUGAGAAUGAAGUUUAUUGUCUUGCUGUUUGCAUUGCUGGCUUCCAGUAGUGUGCAUGCUGAUGUUUCGCAUUUGGUUAGCGACUUGCAGGAGGAUGGAUACCAUUAUAAGCAGCCUUCUGUGCCGUUCCCACCAUCACCUUCGGGCAAUGAAAUAGAUGACACAGGAUACCAGCCGCAGCCGCAGCCGCAGCCGCAGCCACAGCCGCAACCACGGCCGCAGCCAUCUUAUCCCGCUCCCCGACCACAACCACAACCGCGGCCACAGCCACAGCCUCAACCACAACCGCAGCCACAGCCACAGCCGUCUUAUCCAGCACCACGCCCACAACCCCAGCCACAGCCUCAACCGCAACCGCAGCCUCAACCACAGCCACAACCAUCCUAUCCAGCUCCACGCCCACAGCCACAACCUUCAUAUCCAUCGCCUCAGCCCCAACCGCAGCCGGGACCUUCGUACCCAGCUCCCCGUCCACAACCACAACCUACACAGCGUCCACAACCCAGACCUCAACCCACCCGUCCUGUGCCAGCACCACAACCCGGUCCUGAAUAUCUUCCUCCAGAACAACCUCAACAACCAAGACCGGCACCGCGCCCUCAGCUACAGCCACGCCCACAGCCUCAACCGCAGCCACAGCCUUCAUAUCCUGCACCACGGCCUCAACCACAACCACGACCACAACCACAACCUCAACCACAGCCACAACCACAGCCACAGCCACAGCCACAGCCUUCAUAUCCUGCCCCACGACCUCAACCACAACCACGACCACAACCUCAGCCAACUCAACCCGGACCUGAGUAUAUACCACCAACAAGUGGAACAACAUUCCAACCACGACCACAACAACCUACACCCGGUUCAACAUACCAACCACGACCACAGCAACCUUCACCCGGUUCAACAUACCAACCACGACCACAACAACCUUCACCCGGUUCAACAUACCAACCACGACCACAACAACCUUCACCCGGUUCAACAUACCAACCACGACCACAACAACCUACUCCCGGUCCAACAGUAGUAAUCCAACCCCGACCACAACCGCAACCAUCGACACCUGGUAAACCUGGUCUAGAAUAUUUACCGCCCUCAGGUGAAAAUGAAAUAGGCCCCGCGCAGCCAGUUCCCCGCCCUAAGCCACAACCACGACCACAGCCGCAACCCCGACCUCAGCCAUCAUAUCCUGGCCAACAGCCUACUCAACCGGCUCCACGGCCUAGUUACCCAGCGCCGCAGCCGACACAACAAGUGCCUCAAUCCACGUAUCCAGCACAACCAACUCAGCCAGCGCCACAGCCAGAACCAACCUACCCAGGGGGUCCCGUUGAUACAGAAGGUCCAGGUGGUCCGGGAGGUCCAGGAGGUCCAGGUGGUCCUGGAGGGCCCGGCGGUCCAGGUAGACCAUAUGGUCCAGGAGGUCCAGGCGGUCCAAGUGGUCCAGGAGGUCCUGGCGGCCCAAGUGGCCCAUAUGGUCCAGGCGGUCCAAGUGCUCCUGGCGGUCCUGGAGGUCCCGGCGGUCCAAGUGGUCCUGGAGGUCCUGGCGGUCCAAGUGGUCUAGGAGGUCCCAGCGGCCCAAGUGGCCCAUAUGGUCCAGGAGGUCCAAGUGGUCCAGGUGGCCCAAGCGGUCCAGGCGGUCCAGGCGGUCCAGGUGGUCCAAGUGGUCCAAGUGGCGCGUAUAGUCCAGCAGGUCCCGGAGGCCCCGGUGGUCCAAGCAGACCAUAUGGUCCAGGAGGUCCAGGCGGUCCAAGUGGUCCAAGUGGUCCAAGUGGUCCAGGUGGUCCAGGUGGUCCAAGUGGUCCAGGUGGUCCAAGUGGCCCAGGAGGUCCCGGUGGUCCAGGCGGCCCAUAUGGCCCAGAAGGUACAGGUGGUCCCGGCGGUCCAAGUGGUCCUGGUGGCCCAGGCGGUCCAGGUGGCCCUGGUGGCCCUGGCGGCCCGGGCGGUCCUGAACAAGAAGCUGGAUCUCUUGGACCUGAUGGUUAUAACUACAACAAACCAUCUAGGCCUUUCUCCUACUAAAUUAUUGAACUAAGCACAUGAAACUCGCCCAUUAAGUAUUAUAAAGUUUUGCGAAAAAAGAAAUUAAAAAUGAAAACAAUAAACGAAUAACGAAUAAAAAACAUUAGAAUAUGAGCAACAUGUCUUCCAUAUUAUCUAAAAAAUAUACAAUCCAUCAUUUCUCACGAAAACAAAUGCCAGUUGACACUUACAUAAAACUUAAAUGCUAUGACUAUUUAAAAAUAAAUUUUAUUAUUAAAAGUAAAAAUCUAAA